GAUUUGGAACGUAUUGGAACGCAGCUUUGUAAAUGUAAUGGCUUUGUAAAUUCCGACAGGAUGGAAAGCUUUGAAUUCAUUAAAUUUGGGUCGAAUACUAUUUAAUUGUUAUUUGUUGGAUUAGUUGGAAAGGAAGACCGGCAGAUUUAUCUCCCAAAUCUGUGGUGCAUGCAAAAUCAUUCAUUGUUUAUUUUUCAGUCGGUGCGAAUUUGAAGUAGUAAACCCAUGUUAAAGUUGAGUAAACCAGAAAAAAACUAUUAGAUUUAGAUAAUGUUGACGUGACUAUCUAAAAUAAUAAUGACCGAAAAGGCGGAGAAAAUUUACCGCACAAUGAAACUACGGCGCAGAUUUUGGAAACGUUUGUUUCUAAUAGCAAUCAUGUUUGGUGUUUCGUUUUAUGUUUCUGUGUUAUUAUUUGGUGACUUGAAGAGCCCUAGAGUUAUGAAUCUCACUGAUUUAGAUCGUUGUCCUGCUUGUUAUGGAGUUUCAGUUUGCCCUGAGUUAUAUUCUAAUCAGAUAAUAUUGGAAUCCGGUCAUCACUGGGGCAAUUUAUUCAAUGCAAAAAAUAUUUACUACGGAUACACAAGAUCGAAUCGAAGAGUUGUGCUAAAGAAACUAGCACACGAUUGGGAGCUCAAAGAGUUAGAUACGAAACUAUGUAAGAAUUGGAACUUAGAACGAGGAUGUAAGCCAGUCCAACUACUUAACGCUACAAAUGCUGAUGAAAGAAUAAUAGGGCUCAUCCAGUAUAACAUCUCAUGGCCUGAUACUGAGCCACGAAAGGGUCUGGUACUGUGUCCCUAUACCUACAGUUUCUAUGACUUUAUACAACCCGUUUUGAACAAUAAAAAGUCAAAUAACUAUAAGUCUGAUAUGAUUAACGUAUGGACUAUGUUAAAUAUCAAUCCAGAGCCUAUAAUUUUACAGGUGAUACCCAAGUCAAAGGGUUGGCCGGUUCCUUCUUUUGGUGGUGUUUGUGGCCGGCUUGAAGUAGUUGCGCAUGAGGGUGAACCUCUCUCUUCCCUGUUACAUAUUGAGUGGCACAGGAAGUUGAAGUUUGCAAAAGCUAUUUUGGAAACUGCAAUGGACUUCACUUUCAAGCAUGACAGAUUUCGUUUCUACCUCAUGGACUGGUCUUUGGACAAUAUAGUAGCAAAUGAAAAGGAUGACAUAACUUUUGUGGACUUGGAAGACUUUGUUAUAUUAGACAAACAGAUAUCACCAAAAAACGACUUGCCCAAUUGGUAUCAACGUUACUCUAAAGAAACCAGUCCUGGUUUCACAUUCUCGAUAGAGAGUAUGUGUAAACAUCACCUCAGCGACCACAAUAUAUGGGCAGCAUGUUAUAUAUUGGCUGGAGAAGAAAACCCACUACUAUAUCCUAUACCAAAAGAUGUCAAUUCGUCAAGACCCCAUUUCCACAAAUUGUUACUUGAGUGCUUGAAUGGCGAUGAUAGGUUUCGCACAAUCACCAAGUUACAACAUGUCAUUACAGAUAUGUUGUUAGAUGAGAAAAUUGUUGGAUUUGGUGCAGUAAGAUGAUAAGUAUGUAGUAACAGCAGAAGGACAAAGGAAAUCAAUAAUAAUGGUAAUUUACAAAAAAAUUGUGUUAUCAUUAAU